CGCCGCUGCUCGUCCAGCUGUGCGCCUCCAUUAGUCGCGGCCGCAGACCUGCGGGAUCCACCCAUGUGCCUCAGAGUGGUUCGUUUGAGGAGAAGGGACACAGCACACCUGCAAGUACGUAAGCGGUUGCUCUCGCCUGAGAGUAGUCGCGCUCGAACCCCGGUGCAGUCUGCGGCGGCGGCACGGCUGAGCAGAUAGCGGGCCGCGACUUCUGCCGUGACGUCACAGUCUGCGCGGGUAGCGGCAGCGCAGGGGCGCCACUGGUUGGCGCAUCCAGGCGUCCAGUCCAGUCUACCAGCGGCGGCCGAGCCAGCCAACAGCAAGCGGGCGGCAGCAGCGGGCACGAGCGACAUGCGGCGCGGGGUGGCGGUAUAGCCCUCGAGUUCUGGUGUUGAGUGUGCUGUGAGCGAGUGGGGAUCACGAGUGACGUUGACUGUUGGACACCACAGCGAGAAUAAAGAUGAUCUGGCGGUGGCUGCUGCUGUUGCUGGCGGCGGCGCUGUGCUGCGCGGCCUUCGAGCUUCCAGACAAGGGACGCGGCUGCGUCGUGCUGCGGACGCACGGCAUGCUGGGAGCGGACUGCAGCUCCAGGGACCUCAGGGACGUCCCGCAGAACCUAGACACCCGCAUACAGGUUCUGGAUGUGUCUGACAACAAGAUAAGAGAGCUCACUACCAACUCUCUGUCAAAAUAUUCCAGUCUGAGGUUUCUCUACUUAGGAGACAACACGAUAUACCUUGCGGACGAUGGAGUGUUCAGUCCUCUAAGUUCCCUAGAGGUUCUCGAUCUCUCUUUGAAUGUAUUCCGUAGAAUACCCUUCGAUGUUCUACGGUUGCCCGUGUUAAGAAAACUCGACUUUUCGCAAAACGGGAUUCUUCUGGACGAUCCAGAUGUUUACAAAGGUGCUCCAGUCAGCAACAGCCUGAAGGUGCUGUCACUUGCCAAGAACAAGCUGAAAGAAUUUCCCCCCCUGUGGAUGGUGCCUCAGUUAGAGUACUUGAAUGUUUCAGGGAAUGAACUGCGAAGUAUAAAAAUCACAGACAUUGCUCCGAUGUGUCGCUUGAAAGAAAUAGAUGCAAGCCACAACUCAAAAUUGUUUAAAGGUGGACUCGAUAAGUGUGACUGUUACUUGUUCUCCACAUGGAUUGAGAGGAGGAACAUUAAGUUAAUUCCGCAAGUGUCUCUCAACUGCCCUACAACCGAUACAGAACUGUGUGACAAUUCAACAUCACUGAGAGAAGCAUUAGAUCUCCAUUCGAGAUGUAAUAGCAAAGUAGAGACAUUUCAGCGUCAAGCUGCAAUAAAGAAGACAUGGAUGUGGGCAGGGAUAGCAGCUGCUAUCAUUGUGAUCAUCGUGCUCACUGGGGCACUGUUUAUGCACUGCAGGAAUUCCUCCAGGAGAAAAGUGUCUGCAAACAAUAACAACCAGAUGGCGUGUAAUGACGUGAAGAAAAUGCCUCCAGACCCUUCAUCUUCACAGCUCCUACAAGACUUGUAGUUCUUAAUGGAGCAGAAAGUGACUCGAGAUUCCUACACAUUCUCUCAUCUCUUUGUACAUUCAACUGUUCUGCAAUACGACUGUGAUGUUUCUGUGAUGUAAGUGAUUAGUAUUAGUUUCGCUUCGUGAAAGUGAAUGCAAUGAAAAUAUGAUAGUGCAAAGACGUUCAAAGACAAUAUAUACAAUCACUUUAGUGUUCAGUGUGGCUGUGACUAGAGCAAGAAACUAUAGCUCACAAACUUACCAUGUCCAGCAUUUAUGUGCCUAAGAAGUGUUCCAUUAAAUUUAUGAAAGUUAUGACAACUCUAGGAGAUAACAAACCAAGCAAAUCUAUUUGAAAUUUUGCUAUGGAUCAAAGGCAGUUAAAUAUCAUUCAUCAUCUUAUUGAGUGAAAAGCAGUCAAAUUUUGGCAAAACAAUGAACUUCAAAACGAAAGAAUGAAUUAAGAGUAUAUUCAAUAAUAUAACAGUAUGCUGGAAUUGGCAGUGUUAUUUUUCAGCAGAUAUUAUUUUCAAGAUAUGUUGUAGUGGUUAUCUAACCCAUACUGCUUUGGAACAUGAAUGAGGCUUAUUUCUUAUGUGUUUAGGUGAAAAUAAGAGGACCCCCAAGGUUUCUCAUUGCCCUCAACAAUAUUUUUACUCCUCUAAAAUUAGUAUAGAGCUAAAAGUUCAAGAGAAAAGUGAUAUUAAAACCUGCGAGCACCUUCAUUUAGCAAUAUUUAUUAUAGAAAAGUUAUUUUGAUUAUAAAACGUUAAAAUUCUUGUCGUAUUGUUUCAAUCUUUGUUAGAGGUACUCGUACAGACGUUAACUGUUAACAGAAUCUGCAUGGAAGUCAUUUGAGUAUAAAUAUUAAUGAUGUUUUAAAUUUGAUUAAGACAGUAUAAAAAUCUCCAGUAACAGAAUGUUACUUUUAAUGACAUCCAUGAAAUUACAGAGGCAGUUAUAUAAAUGAUUGAAUUUGUUAUGUAGUGACGAGUGUGCCAUUUUAUCAGAUAUGCUGAAUGGUGACUUGUACUAUAUCAGACUAAGUUUGGAAAGUUAGACAGUUCCUAUAGGUUCUUCUUGAAUGCACUGUAAAUAUGCUCAUUCAGUGAACUGCUUGUUAAUUAUCAGAAUGCAGUAAAAUCAUUUCUCACAGUGCAGCACAAUGACAGCAACAAUGCUAAAUAGGUGUUCUUACCUUACAACCUAUGUAACAUAAAUCACUGCUGAUCAGUAUAUUCGAACUAAUUCGGUGAAUGUUAGGCAUUUAAGUCAGUUUGUAGGCUAUUUUCUAGUUAGUAUGAACUUUUGCAUGUUGUAACUUGACUGAAAAUGAGGUUUUGCCAACAUUUCGGUUUCAUGUAGUGUGUUCAAUAUUUGCUACUGAUCACCACCUUGGAAAACCCACACACAAUUAGACAAUAAAGUCACUUGUGUUGUGUGAUGUGUAUUAAUCUCUACUUGUCUGUCCAGAUUUCACAGCAGAAAAACUACCUAAUAUGUUGUUACAGUUUUAAAUCCUUUUUCAUACUGUUUUUUUUUUUAAUUGUGUCUUUUUGUAGGAUAAGAGUUGGUAAUUUUCUAGGUGUGUUACAUUCUUAAUGUCUUCAUGUUCAGUUUAUCAUAUAAAUCGGCCUUCCAUCUUUAAGUUAAAGGGUGUAUCAAUGCUCUAUCCCGAUAAUGUUAAAUUUAACAUUGUUCUAGUCCAUUUCUUUAGGAACUAUCCAAGGCAAUAAAACUUUGAAAGGAUGUAGUGCAAUAUCUUACACAUUCACUGAUUUCUUAGCACAUAUCUCACUUUGUUAGGGAUCAAGACAUGAAUUUAAUGCAGGUCUUAAAAAUUUAGGUAAGUUUUAAAAAAAUAUUUUUAUGAUCAAAGAAUGAGUGCUAUCUGUACCAGUGUAGAUCCACAUAAAUAAAAUAUCACCACCAAUAAGAGGUAAAAAUUACAGAACAUUAAUUGGAGUAUCUUCUGAGAUAAUGGGAUACACUUGCAAAAACCUAGUUUAUCAGAAAUUGCACUUGAAAGUUGAAGUAAAGGAAAACUGACUAUUGAAUGAAGUGACAGCCUAAGACUCUCCAGCUUUCGAACGUUUCUCUUUCUGGGAAUCUUGCUGCUGUUGCUCUUGUAUAUUUAACAUAGUUUCUGCCUUGAGGACUCGCUGACUAUCCAUUUCUUGUAGGAUUGCCUCUGUAUUGUGGCCAGACUUAAAAUUUCUUCAGAACCUUUAUUCUGCUCGCAUUCAUCACUGAAGUAGAUUAAAGCACUAUUGACCCCAAUAUUCACUCCUUUCAAGCCCAAAAUACACUUUUGUACACCCUGGUCCAUUUUACAUUGUUGACUCAUUUACAGUUUGAGGUUUUCCUGAAAUGCAUUACUUUAGAAGAUCUGUAUGUCCUAGAUCUCUAUGUGCUGGGUUUACUACUGCUCCAACAGCUUCAGUGAUGGCGUUACAAUGGGUAUACUUAGUUCCUGUUGCCUCAGCUCUAAAGUAUUACACGAGUCAAUUGAACACAAUUUGUGUAGUGGUUUCUCAUCACUUAACUUUGCCCAGACAGCAUUUCUCAUUCCUUACAGGUUGUCUGUAUUCUUUCUAAUGGCUUGGCCAAAGUAUUCACUUUUAUGUCUGUCAGACAUCAUUUAAACAGUCUUGCCUUCUUCUUCAAGCUUAUUGCUAGAAAUGUUCUGCCUGAUUUUAUGCAGUCAGAUAUCCAUUCAUUUACGUACAGGACACAUAUUCUAACUUUUGUGGUGUUACAUCGUCAUAGGACCUGCUGAAAAUUAUUGAUUCGAAUGAACUGGAAUCACCAUCACAAUGAAUUCAGCAUAACAAACCCCAUGUUGUUCUUGACAGUGCUGAAAGAUCUUCAGUGAUGAGAAACUUCCAUACCUCCACUAGAUCCCUCAUUUGUUCUUUGACAGUUAGGUUCAUGCAGUUGUUUCAUUUCAUUAUUAGUACCAACGUUUGUGCAUCUACGGCAAUGUUUCAACAGUACUUCAACAUCAAGCAUCUGCCCCUUAUUAAUACUUACAGCAUCUGCACAAGAUUGUUUAGCUUCAUGGUCCAUUUUCUUCCACAGUCCAUCAAAUCCUAUUCAAAUGUCAUUGUUACCAUUAUUUCCGUCAACUACUUUUACUGUUGCAGAUUUAAUUGAGUCUUUGCCAUUACUUCUACCAUUUCCCGCAAAAGCAUCUGUGUACCUUGAAACAUUAGUAACUGACCAUGACAGAUUCAUAAGAGCACACAGUUUUUCCAGCCCAAGAGUCUUUACUGAUGCAUCUCAGCCCAUAGAAAUAUCUGAUGUUUGUCUCAGAAAGGAUACUGUUCUACAUUCUUCAGAGGUCCAGAAUUCUUUCUUACUCUCUCAUCUCGAACAAGAUACUUCCAAACUAAGAACUAAACUAUUCCUUUUGAAGACUUUUUAGAAAUUAUCCUCUCUCCAUCACACAGAUGACAGCAAUUAAUUUUAUUGAACAUUGCAGUCAUUCAUUACUGUUGACAGGCUGCUUCUUCAAAGCACUUGAUGUAAAGCAUUUCAUUCAGUGUUGCUUGCCCUAACCUCAAUCUCUGGAUGUGGGGUUACAAAAGGACAUGAUCUUUAGAAUCCAUUUAAAGGAUUUCUUCUCCUCCCAAUUAUUCCCAUUGGUGGAUUCAUAUUAAAGAGAGAGAGACAAUUCAAUGAGCAACAUGUUCAAAUAUACACAAUGGAAGGUGUAAAGUGAGUUACAAAAAUUUGUUGGAACUAUUCAUUAUACCAUAAACAGGAAGUAGUAUCAGAGCAACCAAUGAAGCCAAUCUAGACAGUAGGAGGUUUACUAUAAAUCAAAGCAAAUCACGGACUUCGGGACCAAACAGCUCCUGAGAUAACUUGUUGUAACUGUGCAAGUGCUCAUCAAAACUGUAGAAAUUACUUAAUUACUUAAUUUUAAAAUAAAUUAAAAUACAUAGUUAUCUACAAUGUACGGAACAUACACAAAAUUAGAGACAACUUCAAAUAACAAUUUUCCAUUAAAAAAAUGAAAAUUGAAGUUAUACACCCCCCGCCUUUUGCAGUUACCUUAAAAGUUGACAGAAAUGUUACAGACACAUUUAAAUUCUAGUUUUCAAAACAUUUAAAAUCAUAUGUAAUUUCAAAACUAUUUAUUUUAAGACAUGAUAGGUUCCCAGAGAGAGUUUGUUGAGAGUUGGAUGCAGGCAUCACGAUAUCAAUACACUUUACUUACAUGCUCAGUAAAGUGUUGAAUAUUCCUAAGCACUCAGAAUAAUCAAAGACUUGCUUCCACAGCCCUGCAAAAAUCUUACACUGAAGAGAAGGACGAAAAUGAUUAGCUUAGAACGUCAUAAUUUCAUAAUAUGGACUUGUAAUUCAAACAUUAUUACAAACAUUGAACUUCUAUGAUCCUGUAGGAGAUGUGGAGAAAGUACACCUAUGAAUGACCAGGAACACACAACCCUGACAAUGUUCUUCAUAAGAGGCUUUACUGCAAAGAAGAAAAUCUAAUAAAAUAUUAAACAUGUAGCGUCUGUGGACUUCAAGGCGUAUUAUGUUGCGUAGGUAAUAAAUGAAAUUGCUUGUCGACCUAUACAAACAUUUUGUACAGUGAAAUUUUACCAUAUUGUAGCUAAAUUUCCAGUUUAGAUUUGUUUCAUUUCUAUCUAUAUGAAUAGACCACUACUGUCUUAAUGUAAUGUUUUCUGAACGUUAGUUGUUCAUUGUGAGAACUGAUACUAAUUAUUUGAUACUCCCUAUGACUGAAAACGUAAUUAUCUUUCAUCAGGUACAUGAAGCAAAUGUUGGCAAAACACUUAACCUGAAGUUAAAGCUGCCAUGAACGUGGGUUCAGUUUUUUAAUGUAUGAGCUGGCAAAAUUUCGAAAAACGAUUUCUCACGAAUUGCUGUUAAAAUUAAGAAAAUUUUUUUCUAGUCAACAUGUUUCUGUUCUCAAAUGUAUUGUUCCGUACGCUAUGUUGUAAUUUAGAAAUUUUCUAUGUUGUAAUUUAGAAAUUUUCAUAUAGAGGAAAAUGGGCUGAAUGUAGUUGUUACAUUCGAUCUCUCUCUCUCUCUCUCUCUCUCUCUCUGUCUCUCUGUCUCUCUCUCUGUCUCUCUGUCUCUCUCUCUGUCUCUCUGUCUGUCUGUCUGUCUCUCUGUCUGUCUGUCUGUCUGUCUCUCUGUCUGUCUGUCUCUCUCUGUCUGUCUCUCUCUCUCUCUCUCUCUCUCUCUCUCUCUCUCUCUCUCUCUCUCUCUCACGCACACUUGUAAUCUGGUAAUCUGUUUUUAGGCCUGUAAAAGCCGUGUAAUUGAUGAUGUGAUGAUUUAUGGGACAUAGUUAUUUCUUAUUUAGUUUAUUUUCAGAAAACACGUAUUAACUGUUUUGUACAGACAUAUAGUUUUAUAAUAAAGGUGUAAAUAAAU